AUCCUAGUCUGUACGGAGACAGGAGCAGCGGCGGCUCCCGGCGGAGCGGAGCUGCAAUUGGCCAGAGCAGAAAGAAGGGGGAGGGUUUUUCUCCCCCCCCUCGUCUUCCUUGCCUCACUACUGGUGCUCCUCUCCUCCUCCCCUCCUCGCCUCCUCUCCUUCUCCUCCCAUCCUAGAGGACGGAGCGCUGCGGAGACAAUAGGACGCAGAGCCGGAGGAGGCUGCAGGAUGCUCGGCUCCACUCUGACCGUCUCUCUGCUGCUCGGAGGCUGCUCUCUUCUCAACGACUCCCGGCUCUCCUCGAGGCUCUCCUGGCCUUAGUAUGCACUCAGACCCCGCGGUGUGUUCAGCUGCAGCCCGGGCUCACAGGGCGGAAUCCACGGCCCCCCUAUGGGAACCCACUGACGGUCUCACCAGGUGUUAGCUGCUGCUGCUCUCACCCUACCUCAGCGCUCGCCACCAACUUUCUUCCUCUGGUCCGCCCCCUGAAAUAGUCCCAACAAUGAGUUCCUCUCCGCUGGUUUCUCGAGCCAACAUGGACAUCCUGGACGAGCUGCAGCUGAUCGCAGCCCAGAAUCUGGAGAGGCUGGAAGUCAACAAGUAUUAUGAGGUGAUCCGAGAGCUAGGCAAAGGCACCUACGGAAAGGUGGACUUAGUCAUCCACAAGAUCCGAGGCACAAAGAUGGCACUAAAGUUCCUGAAGAAGAAAACAACCAAGCUGAAGUCAUUCCUGCGGGAGUACAGCAUCUCCCUCUACCUGUCGCCUUGCCCGUUCAUCAUCAACAUGUUCGGCAUCGCCUUUGAAACCGACGAGUACUACGUGUUUGCACAGGAGUACGCUCUGGCAGGAGACCUAUUCGACAUCAUUCCCCCACAGGUGGGUCUUCCUGAGGCAGUGGCAAAGCGCUGCGUGCACCAAGUAGCCAUUGCGCUGGACUACCUGCACUGUAAGAAGCUGGUCCACAGAGACAUCAAGCCUGAGAACAUCCUCAUCUUUGACCGAGAGUGCCGCAAGGUCAAGCUUUCAGACUUCGGCAUGACCCGCCGAGCCGGCUCACCUGUCAAAAGAGUGAGUGGCACCAUCCCCUACACGGCUCCUGAGCUCUGUGACGUGUCUCGCCACGAGGGUUUCUGCGUGGAUUACAGCACUGACGUCUGGGCCUUCGGCGUGCUGCUCUUCUGCAUGCUAACCGGAAACUUCCCCUGGGAGAAGGCUCUGCCAUCCGACUCCUUCUACCAGGAGUUCAUCCGCUGGCAGAAGAGGAGGACCAACACGGUGCCGUCCCAGUGGAGGCGCUUCACCGAGCAGGCGCUGCGCAUGUUCCGCAGGCUGCUCUCCGUGGAGCAGGACCGCCGCUGCUCCGUGAAAGAGGUGUUUGGAUACUUCAGCCAUUCCUGGAUGCUGGACGCUGAGAACAACAACAACCAUGGAAACAGCAACAACCACACAAACACCAACAGCAACACCAACAGCAACACUGCAGGCGGGGAGAGAGUCACUGGUGGAGGGGGCGGGGGAGGAGGAGGGGUCCGGGGAGAGGUGGAUGGCACUAUCUCGUCAUCGUCAUCCGGAGAGGAAGAGGAGGAGCUCCUUGUGGAGAGGAUGAAGCAGCAGACUUUAUCUCCCCUGUCCCCCCUCUCCCCCCUCUCCCCCAUGUCACCGGUGGGGAUUGAGCGAGGGAGCGGAGGUGGAGCUAAAGGUGGGAUGAUGGAGCCAGGCGGCGGCCACCAUUUUGUGUCUGUUUCCACCAACAGCUCCGUGUCUUCCACCAACAGCUACGACCGAAUGCCGCGGGAGAACGGUUCUCCAGGUGGUCACAUGCUGGUGGCCACGCCCAUCGAAAUCUGCGUCUGAGUGCGUCAGAACGCUAACGUCGUCACGGACUCACCUGUACACACUUUUAUACCUCUCUUGAACCACACAGAUGUGCAUGCAUGAGAAGAAACUCUGAGUAGUUAUGGAGGAAGAGGAGCACACAUGGAAGACUUUUGACAGGAUUCAUAGAACAAACAUUCCUUCAGUCAGCUUCUGGUCCAAGAGAAGAACUCACACUCUGAUUACAACGUCUGAUGUUUGGGAAACCCAGGAAAAAAGAAAAGAUUCUCCGUUUAGAGAUUCUGUCACUAAAACAUCCUGAAAGAAGACCAAAAUGUUUUUCUUAAAGCAAUACUUCCAGCAAAAAAAGCAAACAGUCACAGAAGUGUUAGCAUGUUAGCGUGUUAGCUGUGUGACCUCUUCAGGACGGACCGUCGUUUCUGAAGGAAGCCAAGAGACAGAGGAUUUGUAUUUUUGACUAAAAGACUAAACCUGUUUGAGGACUAACCCUGUCAGAUAAAAACAGUGGAGCCGUGGUUUUAAAUGUUCCAUGUGUAACUAAUCUGUGAAAGUAUAAGCGUGUGUGCUGUGGGUUUCUGUUUCUAUAAAUCCACAACCAACAGAUGAUUUUGUUUUGAGAAGUUUCGUAUUUAUUUGAAUCUGAAAACACUAUUUUUUCUAUUGUUUUUUGUAAAACACGUUUCUUUGUUUGAGUUCCUCUUCAUAUCUUCUGUGUUUCAGACGUUUGGUUGACUGCUGUACAUAUCAGAGGAAUAUCCUGUCUGAGGUUUGUCCGCUAGUCUCAGACUGAAUAUUUACAUUGUUCAUUACGUCAGACCAGACUGAGAGGAAGCUAACGAUGUCCACGUUCUUCAAACCUAACAUAUCUACUUCACUGGUGAAAGACUUUUUCUACAAACUCCUCAAUCCUUUGAUUCAACCUUUCUUUUUUUAAAUUGUGUUUAAAUUUCUUCUGUUGACUUAACGAUUUUAUGAAAAAGAACAAAAAAAGCUCUUAGCAUUUUCAAUUCAAUCUCAAGAGAAAAAGAAUAUCUUAAAGUGUCACCUUUUUUUAAAACUGCAUGACAAGUAGCUCAAACUUACGAAAAACUGAACCGGCUUCACGAAAAAAACACGAAAAAAGAAAUGUGAAAUGUUGUGAUGUGGAUUUUUUGCCGUAGCACAAUUUCUUGCAUAAUGUCCCAGAGUGAAUAUCGGCGUCAUGAUCUCCUGAGACGUCCUAGGGCUAAAAAUCUGAACCGUUCACCGCAUUCACACAGCGACCGUUUCCUCUGACUCACUGUUGUGUAGCAUUUCAACACUCUUCAAAUGAUCAGCAGAAGAAGAGUGAAAUCUGGAGGAACAUGGGGCCAUGUUUGAAGUUUGAUGACCUGUUAGCUGCGUCUUUGAUAGCUAUGUCAGUUUUCACUUCUCAUUUCUCAUUUUUUAGACAUUUUGCUUUCGUUGAUAGGACAGCUUGCGUGACGUGUGGGGAGAGAUCGGGGGAUGAUGUGCACCAGCUCAUGUCAGGCCCUUUGAAUCGAUCCUGUAACCAGUAUAAAGAGGAUUGCAGCCUCUGUACGGGUCUGACCACUUGAUGAGAGCAGCUAGUUAAGCUAGGAAGUUUUCUCUGAGGUAGUAGUUCUACAGUGUGCUAUUUUUGACCCUUUAGCUACUGAGAGGACAGGACGAUGGAUACAGCAGGAAAACUAGGAGAGAGAGUGGGGACUCACACGAGGUAUAGGGCCACAGGUGGGAAACACAUUUUGGCAGCCCACUUUAAACCUGCCCCUGCACAUGGGGUCUAACCGCUACACUAAACCACAACCACUUUGAGUUAAAACAACACUUGAUACUCAUUAAUGUUAUAUUUUCAUUAAAACAUCAAGACGUAGUAACGACUCCUAUCACUACAAUCAGCUUCUUUAAAGACAAUAGCUAAGGUAAAUAUUCAGCUACUGAAGCUAACUAGCCCUUUGAACAUCUUACACCACAUAAGCCAAUCCCUGCUAAUGGUACGGCAACAUACUGUAAAUGCGGUAAGGUUAGCUUUUGUCACAGUUAGCUAUUACUUCUUACUUUUUAUUAUAUCUCUACAUUCUAACUGAUUAGCAACUGAAUGAUGGUCACUUAAAGUUAAAUUAACUAACUGUAUUUGAUAUCUUGCUAGCUACCUUAAGUUAACAGCUUAGGUUGAAACUAGCAUCUUAUAGCUAGCUGUACUUUAUGAUAGAAACGCCAAAUGAUAAUUUCCUAGCUAACAGUUAGGGAGGUGAGGAAGAGACGUUGUCUAAGGAUAGCUAACGGUUCUUAAUAUUUGUUAUCAGAUCCCUGCUUUUUGAUUGAUUAGCAACUAAGCCUCCAUGAACAGAGACAAUGUAGGGACAUCAGGCCACAUUUCAAGUUUAAACAACAUAUUGGAUAACUUAUUAGCUACUUUGGCAUUAGCUAACACUAGCAUUUAGCAACCUGUAGCUGACGGGACCUUUGAUAUUCUUACACAAUGUAAGAGAUGUCUUUAUAACGGUAUAAGAAGGUUGUUUUAAAGGAAGUAAUAGAUCAAUAUCACUUUUCUAAAAUGAUUAGCAGCUAAAGCUAAAAUAAAAGUGAAAAUCUGGUAAGACAUGGGUCAACACUUGGAGUUAAAACAACAUAUUUGAUAACACUGGCUACUUUUAGACAGAAGCUAACAUUAGCAUGGAGCAGCUUGUAGCUAACGGGAACAUUAAUAUUUUUAAUAUUAGCUUCUGAACUGAUUAGUAGCUAAAAACAGUGAAAAGGAACGUCAGGCUAACAACACUUAAAUCACUCAUCAAGCUACCUGUAGACAAAGCUAAGGCUAGGGUUUAGCCUCAUGUAGCUUCUGGCACCAAGUUAACAGAGUCAACACAUUUCUAGCUUACUGCAUGGUAAUCUACUAAAUGGUUGAUGCUAAUGCUAGCUGAAUGCAGUUGAAGCUUUAUUUAAUUGCUAUGCUAACGCUGGCUAUUGUCCUGACAUAUCCUCGUUGUUCCUCCAGAUUUCCUUUCCCUGAUCAACACAGAAGCAGUGAGUUUACAUCAGUGUGUCAGAUUCAGGCCUGUCCGUGAUUCUGCAGACUUCGCUCUGAGCAUGACACCAGAGGAAAACAGCUGCUGUGUGAACACGGUGAAUAAUUAGUUUCUAUUCAGUGUAUUGUAUUUGUAUUGCUAUUAGCGUUGUGUACAUUUUGCCACAUUCAAGAACAAAAAAAAGCAAAGCAUGAGGACAGAGAAUGAGAUGUAGGGAAUUAAAUUCUAUCAUUUAGGACAGGUUUUUGCUUCUAAACUGCCACUUUUAGUGAAGUAUUGUGGCUUAAAUGUUUUUUACAAGUUUGAAUUAACUGCAAAAAGUAAUCUGUUCCUUUCUUUAACUCGUUCUGAAUAUUUCCUGAAUAAUUUGAAGAAAAAAAAGCAUUGGAUCACGCACAGGAAUGAGCGUUUAGUGACAUAAAUCUGCAUGAACUCGUGUGUGCUGAGGCUCUGUUGUGUAAAAUCCUGUUUCUCCUGUCACAAGCUGUAGUUCUCUGUAGAUGUCGUGUAGCUGCACACAACAUGUUUCUUUCUCCUGUGAGAGUCCCACGAGGCUGAGCGAGGAUCAGCUGGACCCCGCUCUGCUCCUACAGACACCGUUUGGAUCACGCUCAGACUGCUGCUCCUGGAUCAGCCAGUGAGGAUGAUAAUGACCACAUCUUGUGACCAUCUCUGACCUCAUCAGCAGCUCCUGACUCACAACAAAGGACUCAUACACACUGUCAACGUGCUGUUCUCCGUCCGCCAGCUGCAAGCCAGCAUUUACCCUGUGUGUGUGUGUGACUGUGUGUGUGUGUGUGUGUGUGUGUGUGUGUGUGUGUGUGUGGAGGGGCUUUCACAUGAUGUAUGACGAGCCUGUUCAUUACCUCAUCAUGCAAACCACCCGUCUGCACAUGAAUCUAAACCUAACUGACCCUAACUUUCAUCCACUCUGAUUCAAAGUUAUAAGAGAGGUCUGAAUGAAACUGCAGGAUGACGAGUGACGCUCCUGCCUUUGUGUGGAAAAAACACCCAGAAUGAUGACAUGAGGACAAACGUGUAACUCUGUUUUAUGAAAUGCAAACAUGAUGACUUGAUCGCGAAAAAACGCUGCAGGAAUGAUGUUCUCAUUUCAGGGUUUCAGCAGGUUUUAUUUUGCAGCUUGAAAACUGAGUUAGACCUUUAUGGAUGCAGUUUUAGACAAAUGUCACUGAUUAAGUGGCUCAAAAAGAAAAAAGCAGAGUCCACUGAUGAGGGAUAGAAAUCAUUUCAGUUUCUUCUGUCCGGAAGAGGCUUAUUAGCCGCUAAAAGAGGAAAAUCUGAGAGGCCAAGCAGACAGUGACAUGUUUUAAAAGCUUUUCCCCGUCUACGUUAAAAUCACCUAUUCUGAUAAAACAGUGUUAUACUGUUAGAUAAAACAUACUCUGGGGAGCUGGUUGGAUCAAAAAGACUCCUUCUUUCCCACCAACGAGUGUGUCCAAUCGUCUCGUGUAGAAGAAAUGAUUUUAAAUUCAGCAAGAAAAUGAGACCAUCGAUUUUAACACAAGACAAAAACUAUGAGCUCUGAUUGCAGACAUGGGGAGGCAGGUUUGAAUCAUCGUGCUCUGUUAUCAAGUGAGCGAAAUAGAAGUCUUAUUAGUUUGAGGAGACAAACCACGUUGUGCCAGAGUUGCUGAAUUGAUAAACUAACAGUAUGGAUUUGUUUUCAGUGUGAUCAAAGCUCAUUUUCCCAAUAACCAAUAACCCAGCUCUGACGUGUUGUUCUGCAGCUCCGUGUCUCUCUGUCCACUCACACGCCUCACAGCCUUGUUCAUGACCUCUGUGGAGUUUUAGUGAGUAGAUGAUCACAGCACUAGAACUCGUAUCCGGUUCUGUCUUUGCAAUACAACUGUCUUCCUGUAAACUCAGAUUAAGUCAAUAAAAUGAGAACUCUUGUUGAAGUGA